AUGACAAAACGCAGUCGUAAGAUGCAUCCUAUUGAGAAUUUACUGAAAUUGGGAUUACAUUUCGAAUCAGUGGAUUCUUGCAUUCUUUCACCACAAAAGGAUUCAAUUCAACGCUGGUUCGAAGAGAAGGGAGUUUGUGUGACACUUGUGACAAUCAGGGUUGACGCCACAGUAGGAUCGUCGUCGAUUCACACCGGGAAGGGAUGGCGUGUGCCACGUCGUUGA